AUGCCUCCCAGACUACCAACUCCUUCAACGGCCUCGGCCAUUGUGCGAAGCGUCAUUCGCCCCUUUUCAACCACAGCGCCCGCCGCCGCUCCUCGCGAGUUCACACCCCCCGCAGGAGCUCACAACCACCGUCUGGCCAACCUCAACAACAGUAGUCACAGCAAGAACACCAGCAAUAACCGCACCGGCAGCCGAGGGGGAGGUACCACGCGCGGAGAUGCAGCUGCGAGACUUCUGGAUCGGUAUAAGUCGCGGGCCAACUCGUACUCGAUGGAGAAGUCACAGCAGAUGGAUUUUCUCAAGAACCAGAAGAUGUCCAACGAUUUCCUCAAGCAGAUGCCCCGACGAUGGCAGGCUGGAGAUGUCUACUCGCCGCAUGAUUUGAGUCCUAUUGAGAUGCAGAAGUGGAGGAAGAAGUCGGUGCGAAACAACGACGUUAUUGAUGCGCUUGGCAUCAACCCUCUUGAUAUGUACAAGAAUUUCUCUCUGAUUGAGCACUUCACAUCCUCCUCUGGCAUGAUCAGCCACUCCAAUCUCACCCGUCUUCGACCUGUCAACCAGCGCAAGGUGGCUAAGAUGGUCCGCCGAGUCCAGGGCAUGGGUAUCUACCCCAGCGUGCACGCCCACCCCGAGAUGCUCCGCGACCAAUUCUUUCAACGUCAAAACUAG